AUGGCGACCGCAGGAGCAUCUGCUCAAUCAAGUACAGAAGAAGAUGCCACAGAGCUACAGUUCCCUAAAGGUUUGUAUUCACCUGUUGCCUUUUUGGCCACUAGAGAACGAUAUUUCUCUCUCGGGUACUUGGUGCUAGUUGUCAGUUUAGGCGUUGAAUGAGCUACAAUUUGAAUGAUAUGCUUUUCCAAUAUGAACUAGAGAACCUGAUGUGAGAAUUACUUUAUGUGAAAUAUAGCUUAGGCAUUUUACUCGUUUAUUUUCUCAUAACAAGAUACUGCCGCGAAAACUAAGAUGUAUUAACUUAACCUUAUGUGACCUAGGUAAGUCUUAAAAGAUAUAGCUUAACAAAUUUCUGUCUAACAAAAUGAAUAGUCUAAGUCAAGGCUAAACUUUUGUGGAGGGAGAUCUAAAAAUUGAUGUUUACAUCUCCUCUUUUGAUCAUUAGAGGAGAAGGGAGAAAAAAGUACCUUCAUUUCUUAGUUAUUUUAAGACCCUGAGUAUUGUUCCAGUCCUGGGAAUUGAACCUGUGACCUCUUGCUUUGCAGUCAAGUACUAUGCUGACUGAGAAAAUCUUCAUGAUAUAAUAGUAACUUAAUAUAAAACCUUCUCCCUCAAUACUCAACACCUGAGUCCAAACCCUAUUUGGGAGACUGACAGAUUUCAAUAAACAAGAAAGGCAUCAAAUUUUCUUGCAGAGUUUGAAAGUGCAGAAACUCUACUAAACUCAGAGGUUUACAUGUUGCUGGAACACAGAAAGACACAGAAUGAAGGUGCUGAAGAAGAGCAAGAACUGUCAGAAGUUUUCAUCAAAACUUUGAAUUAUACUCAAAAGUUUAGUAGAUAUAAAAACAGGGAGACAAUAGCUCAAGUCAGAAGGUAAGGAGACUAUCUAGACUCUAGACUGUUAUGUACACCUAUAAAUUUACAGACACCUUAAGAACAUUCUCUUACAUGUAAACUUCCUUUUUCAUCUUUGUUGCAGUUUGCUAGGUAAGAAAAAGCUUCACAAGUUUGAAUUAGCCUGUUUGGCUAAUUUAUGUCCAGAGACAGCAGAGGAGGCAAAAGCUUUAAUUCCAAGGUGAGUCUCAUUGCCUGUGUUUUUCUUUUUAAUCCCUUGUAUAAUUUGAGGCAAAUGCGUAUAUUACCAAGCAAGAAGUUACCUGGUAAAGUUGACCAUUAUUCAUACUGAGUGAGCUUAAUAGCCUCUUGUUAAUAUGAAAAUUAAUUUGAUAUCUAUUAUGAAGAUGCAAAAAAGCAAUGGUUGAUUAAAAUAAAAAACUUGAAUAAAAUUAUUUUGAGUUGCUGGUCUGUUGCAUUGUUUACGCACAUAAGUUGCAUUAUUUAAGCUUAAUUGUUGUUGUUGUUUUUUCUUUUUCAUGACAAUUAGUGAGAAACCAUUAUUACUAAGCAAUAAAUAAUAUUAUUAUUUAUAUUGCCCCUUAAAGAAUGAGCAUCUAAUGGAUCCCUGUACAGUGUCUUCCCAUGGCUUCCAGGUCAAUGUAUUUCAGUGAGUCAUGUACGUAUUCAAAAUGAAAACUCACUCAGACCAUGUGGCCCAAAGUGUAUAGGCCGCACAGAAUAAUGAGGCCUAGGGACUAGGCAAGGUCAAUACCAUGCUAAUUAUAUCCACAUGAAAAUUCUUCAUGCUAAUGCCCAUACAUUUCCUUAAAGAAAUAGUUUGGAAAAUUUGAUCAAAGAUCAAGGCAUUUUCUCUGUGGUGAUCGUUUUUUUAUUCUCGUAACCUUUUCUCUGAAUUCUGCAGUGAUAUUGUUGUGAGAUAAUUGAUGUUGGUCACUCUCGAGACUUAAACCUUUAAACCCUAACAUCAAAAUUCAAAUUCUCAUUUGUUAUCUAUAUACAUUUUCAAUAGAAGUAGUGGGGAGAACUUGUUGAUGUAUCAAUAGAUUCUUGUGUGAUCAUGUCCGUAAUUCUCAUGACCACUCUGUUUUACAAAGCAUUGAUAUUAUAAGGAGAAAUUUGAUGCUGAUCACUCUUAAGGCUUAAAGGGUUAAUGGGUUAAACCAUGCAAAAACGCAGUUUUUAACUUCUAGGGGACCGAGGAAACUGACUGGUUAAACUUCUACCGUCAACCAAUACUGUUUUUUUUUUCAUUUUCAUAGUUUGGAAGGAAGAUUUGAUGAUGAUGAUCUUCAGCAGUUUCUUGAUGACAUUCAGACCCACAGGAGCUUUCAAUACUAA